CAAAAAGAUAUAUAUUGUUAAAAAAAAAAAAAAAAUCGUAUAGCUAAUUUUAUUGCUCAAACAGAAAAUUUGUAUAAUUUUAGAAUUUAAAUUUUUAAAAUUAAGUUUACUUUCGUUAAAAGAAUAAUUUAUUAAAUGAAUAUAAAAACAUUUAAUAUAAUUUAUUUAUUAAUAUUUGAAAAAUCAUUAAUCUUUUUUUUUUCUUUUCGUUUUUUAACAAAAAGUAAUAAUUACUCUCAAAAUAAAAAAAAACAAAUAGAUUCAUACGUAUUAAGUUAUUAGAUUUUUAUUUCAAAAAAAUAGUUAUUAUUAGAUUUUUGUUUAAAAAAAGUUAUUAUUCAAAAAAGAAAAAUUUGCAGCAAAAUAUUUAUUUUGUUCCAUUUAUUGCUAUUAAAUGCUCAAAAUUUAAAAUUUGUGACAAAAAUACUCAAACUCUCAUAUUUUAUUAUGGUAAUUUGAUUGCAGCUAAACUCGCUGAACUUUAAAGUUUGGCACGGUCAAAUUCCUAAUCUGAAAAAGUUAUGUCUAAAUUUUUUAAUCUCUACAAUCAUUUUAUUAUGUAGUCUUUUGGCUUACUGUAUACGCACAUGGUGAAAUUUCAUCGGUCCAUUUUUUUGUAUAUUUUAAAUUAUUUUUUUUUUCUAAAUAAAAGAUAUUUAUUGAAUGAAAAAACUAGAUCUGUAAAGUGAAUACAGAAAUGAAUUUCUCUAUGAAAUUGCAGAAGGGACAAACCAAAGCAAGAAUUAGAAAUACAAAUAUAUUGGAAAUAAGACAAUCUUUUGCGUAGUAUCACUUCUUAUAUGUAUAUGACAUUAGAAGUAUCACCUCUUAAACUUUAAUGAAGCUCAAAUCUAACACAAAGACACAACACCAACCAUGGAUCUUUGUUGAUUAACAAAUGAUUCAAAAAUUAUUUUCCUGAAAUAAUAAACAAAAUUAAAUCUUUGAUUUUUUUUCUUUCAUUGUCAUGAGCGUCUGAUCUCUGACAACAAAAAUCAUGAGUCUUCAUCAUUAAAACCGGUAGCGGCCGCAUCGCCCGGAACAACUACAAAGCCAAAGCCACCUGAAAACAACGGUGGAGCAAGUCACGAAGAUUAUUAGCAUAGUCCCUUCUCUAAUCAUCAUUAUCAUCAAAUUCAGUGACGGACCCAAAAUUUUUACUUUGUGGGGGCUUAUUUAUCAUUAAAAAAUAUUUAUACAUAUAUUAUAAUCAUUUUUACUAGUUUUAUUUAAUUUUAUGGGGAGUUUUUCUAUUAUUUUGGUCUAUAAUUAUCAAAUUAAAAAAAUUACAUUUAAUUUUUUUAAAAGCAAUAUUUUUGUUAGUGGGGACUAUAGCCCUCACAUUGUUACUUGUGGGUCCGUCCCUGAUCAAAUUCCAUUAUGUUUUGGGCAAUGUGUCAGUGGUGCAAGAUGGAAAAUGAGUGUUUUAGAUUGAACUUAAAAAAAUAAUAUCCAACAACCUAUUAAACAAUGAAACUAAACAUUCCAAAGACGUAAUAGGAAAUUGUCCAACCAAACAAGAUAUUCAUCCAUCAAUUAAUCUAGGAAAAUUUACAUUUGGAGCCUUUAUUUUGAUCUAAUUUCCUUUUUUGCCGUGAUCUAUUAUAUUGGGUAAGUUUACCGUUUUUUAUUACCGUUUUAUAUUUAAUUAUCAUUUAUUGAGCCACGCGUUUCCCAAGUGACGUCAGACCAAGUGUUGUCACUUCUUAUCCAUCAUCCCACGUCUUGCAUCUCACGCGCGUCAGGGGUAUCACGUUUUUUGAUAUUCAUGAUAAUUGCUCCCUAUUUUGUAGACUUGUAAGUAUAUUGUCUAGUUAGAGGGAGGGAGCGGUUUAUAGGGUUUUUUAGUGGGUUUCUUUUUUUCAAGUUGAGAAAUUUCUAGUGUGGGUAUUUUUUAGAGAGAGUUUUGAAAUUCAAAAUUUCUCUCUAUUUAGUGUGGCAGUUUCAUAGAGGGUUAUUCAUUUGAAACUUUCUCAAAAAAAUCUGAUUGUAAAUGGUUAAUACUCGUUCUUCCCUUUCUCCAUCUGGUUCAUCGAAGCUUCUUCUUGACAAGUUAAAAAUGAAGAAAACGAUUUCUGAAGAUGACAAUGAAGAUCUUUCUGGUGGUUCUGAGGGCUCUGGUGAUGUUUCUGUUAAGGAAGUGAAGAGGAAGCAAUAUAAUCGUGGAAACAAGAAGGUUACUGACGAUCGGCCUUUGAAAAAAUUGAAACAAGUUGUUGAAUAUGAUGAGGACUUCUACGACAGUGAUGAUCUAGAAGUUGAGAACAAUGAAUCGAUGAAGGAGUGGGAGUUAUAUUUCAAGCAUGAGGAUAGGGUUGGUGGAAGAAUAAUUUUUUUUCCUAACCAUGAAAACAAUGUUAUUGCCAUUAUCAAUAGUAAAUUGACUCCUUCUCAAGCAAAGCUGUUUCGUGAGACAUGUUUUGGACAUUUUUUGGACAUGAAUCCAAUUGCAAUGCAAACUCAGUUGAUUCACAGUGUUUUGCACAGGGAGGUACACCAGAAAAAUCCUUAUGAAAUGUGGUUCAAAUUUGGUUCUCAAAAUUUCAGGUUUAGUUUGGCUGAGUUUGCUGUUGUGACUGGUUUAUUAUGUGUUGGUGAUUCUGAUAUGAGUGGUUAUGCAAAGAAGGAGAUUGCAUUUGUGGAUAAGUAUUUUAGUGAUCAACAAGUAACAGUCAGUGCUGUGGAGGAGAGGUUUAGGUAUAGUGAUUUUAAGUUGGACGAAUACGCUGUUAAGAUGGCGGUGUUGUAUUUCGUUUCUAAUUACUUGUUCACAAGCCCUAAUUCCAAGAAGGUUCCUAAUGAAAUACUCAAUAUUGUUGGGAUUGGUGAUUAUGAGAGUUUUCCUUGGGGAAAAUUAGUUUUUAAGAAAACUUUACACAACUUGAGGAUUGGUUUGAGGGGUGUACCAAAGAAAAAAACAGGGAAAGAUAUUGGUUCCAAGCAUAUUGAUAAGCGUAAAGGGAAAGCAAAGGCUGCUGAUAAAGAAUCUUCGAGGACUUACAAGUUGCCUUGUUUUCCUUAUGCAUUUCUUGUUUGGAUUUACGAAACUAUUCCUCUUUGUCAGAAGGCUGGUUUUUGUGAAUAUGAUAGUGAUCCAGAAUAUAGGAUUUGUAGAUGGUUGAAUGUGGGUCUUCCUAAUAAUAGUGCUGUUGAGAGGAAAGUUUUUUCAUCUCCUAAGGUACAUUUUUAUUUAUUUUUUUGAUAUUAUGUAGUUUACAUUUUUUUU